AUGUACAAACUUGUGAGUGCGUUGAUUGUUCUUCCAUGCUUAGCCAUUGCUUUUCCACCAAGGCAUGGAGACCCGUUCAAUCCUUUGGGAUCAUGGCACAGAAGAGGUCCACCAUGCGGACUACCAAAAUUCGUUGAUAACCUUCCUGAAGAAGCUGCCAAUAAAGUUCGGGCUAUUUGGGCAAACUACAAAGAAAGUGAUGACUGUGACAAGGAACACCAACAAACCAGAGAUAUUGUUCGCGAGCUACCAGAUGAACAACGGGAGAAAGUUUUCGCUGGAAAGUGCGGACCAACAUUUCUUCGUAAUGUUUCGUCAACUAUCAGAAAGGAAUUCCGCGCUGUCUGGUUUGAUCAUCGUCUUUCUCUCGAGGACAAAGAGCUUUCAUUGAAAAAAUUGGCUUAUUCGUUGCUUUCUGGCGAAUCGCUCGCUCUAUUCAACAAAUGGGAGGAAGAGCUUCAAACGCGCAAGGCCGAGCUAGCCAAAAAAAUUGAGGCUCUCUCGCCAGAAGCCAAGGCAGCUUAUUCAACAUGGAAAGAGCUGCGCAUGAAAGAGAAAUCGUUUUUGGCAUCGCUCUCUAAGGAAAUUCGCGAAGAACUUCGAUCGGUUUGCGGAUUUGGUCGCGAUCGAAAAGAGUCUUCUACGACCACUGAAGCAACAACCACCGAAGCCGUGACAACCACUACAGAGAAGCCAACCGAAACUACCACAGUGAUUGAUGUGACCACCACAGCUCAGCCGAUGAUUGAAGAAAAAACUAAGGAAAAAGAAUUUGCCUUGUUCCUUGAUAUCCAAAUGCCAGAGGAACUCAACUAUGAAGCUCAAUGUACUUAUUACUCUUAA